GAAAAUGGCUGACUCUUUGGCAAAGUAUGGGAUUUACAUUGAUGAUUUAAGUAAGAUCCGUGUAUUAGAACCGGAAGUGGCGAAUCAAACAAACAAGCUCAAAGAGGAAUGCCGGAAUUUCAUUUCGAAAAUUACCGAGUUUCAAACGAAUUCCGAUGAAUUUAUACAAAUAAUAGACCGAUUAGCGAACGAAGUGGAGAAGGAAAAAAUGAGAACGAUUGGAACCCGAAAUUUACUUCGUUCUGUGGCGAAAGAAAGAGAUGCUCAAAAGCAGCAGAUUCAGGCACAAAUUGUUGAAAAGUCUAUGGAACUUGAGAGACUUCGUAUACAAUAUGAUUCUUUGAAGAAGAUCGAAAUGGAACAAUUAGAAACCAUUGAACAGUUAACUGUGAAUUAAAUAAAUAAAUACG